AUGAAUGUGAGCCGUAAUUCCGUUGUUAUCGCAUGGGAUCCCGGCUUUGAUUUUGGUUACGAACAGAGUUUUCGUAUCAGAUAUCGAAAAGUGGGCCCAAAGCCAGCAAAUGUUGAACCUGCUCAAUUCAAGUAUAUUAUUGUGAACAACACAUCUAAUGCGGUGUUAAUUACAAACUUGGAUGCGGACACUGAAUACCAGUUGAGUAUAUCGUCUCGUAAUAGACUCGGAGAAAGUCUAAUGAGUAGAGAGUUUUUAAAUGUGAAAACUUUAGCCAAUGUUUCAAAACGAAAAUCAGAAACAGUGUUGGCUUCGGCUGAUGAGCAAAGACUGGGAUAUAAUAAUCAACUGAUAAGUGAAGAUAUUAUUGAACUCUCAGUCAUUGUUUCGGCUUUAGUUAUAAAACGAAAGACACGACAAAUCAUACAAAAGAAGUCCGACUCUAAAGAUAUGUCUUCAGCUAAUAGUGCAGCAGAAGAUCCACUCUUUACUAUCAGUGCGUCCACAACACUGGAGAGUAGUUGUCGUUUGGAUACCACUUUCCUCCACCAGCCCAGCAAUGAUAAGUGCCUUUACAGUGAAAAUAGAGUUAAUGAGAUUCAUGAUAUCCUCUUUAGUGUACAAAUCUACACUUUUAGCUUCUCAACAGUGCAAAGAUAUUACUCUUAA